AUGCCGCUUCAGUACAGCUGUGUGGCGGUGAGCCGCCACAUCGAGAAAUGCGUUUUCGGCAAGAGCGAGAUCGCUUUCCUGGGUUAUAAAAUUACCAGCGAGGGUACGCUGCCGUUACCCGACCGUGUUGUCGCAAUUCGCGAGUACAAGAAACUAGAAAACGUUCAAGAAAUGAAGAGAUUCUUAGGGCUCAUCAACGCAUAUGACCGAGAGUUAGCAGCAAUCUACAAUUCACUACGGUAUUUUCGAUACAUGGUCGAGGGCCGUGAACUUAAGAUACGAACGGAUCAUAAGCCGCUGGUGUUCGCGUUCAAACAGAAACCCGAGAAAGCUCUUCCGCAUCAACUUCGACAGCUGGACUUCAUCAGCCAAUUCACAACCAACAUCAAGCACAUCGUGGAGGCAGAAAAUGUGGCCGCCGACGCCCUAUUCAGAAUAGAAACUAUUGCAAUGCCCGUAAUUGUGGACGACGUUCAAAUCGCCUGGGAACAAAAGGACGACGAGGAGCUUGAGCAUCUGCUUAAAUCUUGCAAUACUUUGUUACGACUGCAGAAAGUGAUUAUCAAUGAGGCUUUGGAGGCAGUGUACUGCGACGUGUCUACAGGAGACAUCCGCCCAUACAUACCCAAAUCAUUGAGACGUCAAAUCUUCGACAAUGUCCACAGGCUAUCUCAUUCCAGUGGGAGGAGCACGGCCAAAGUUAUUAGCAAAAAAUUUGUGUGGCCAAGCAUGAACAAACAAAUUAUGCUUUGGGCUAAGACAUGGCCGGAGGCAAUUCCGCUCAAAGAUAUAGAAGCUGACACCAUCGCUAAUGCUCUGUAUACCCACUGGAUCGCGCGAUUCGGAGCGCCCCGCUGCAUCACCACAGACCAGGGCAGCCAAUUUGAAGCUCGCCUUUUCAACGCCCUAAAAAACAUGAUCGGCUGCAAGAGGGUCAGGACCACUGCGUACCACCCACAAGGAAACGGCAUGAUAGAGCGUUCUCACCGUACAAUUAAAACAGCAUUGAUGUGCCAUGAAGAGUCCAACUGGAUCGACGCUUUGCCUGUCGUACUUUUGGGUAUACAAUCAGCGUAUAAGGACGACAUUAAGUGCACACCCGCGGAAAUUGAAGAAGAAUUGGACGAGGAUCCCGAAGUUUUUGUAGAGAGAUUUCGCGAGAUUAUGCGAAAGCUUAGACCGACGCCUACCGCACACCACAUCAAGGACACAUCCUUCGUUUUCAAGGACCUGUACACCUGUACACAUGUGUUUUUGCGCGAUGAUACGGUGAAGAAGCCUCUCAAGCAGCCAUACUUCGGACCGUUCAAAAUCCUAGAGAGAAUCACUGACAGAGUUUUCAAGAUUCGGUUAAACGCCGAUAAGGAACUGGUUGUCAAUACCGAGCGUUUGAAACCGGCAUACCAACUUCAAGAGGAUACCAACAUGACACCGGAAACGCCGGAGGAACCGGAAGUCACGCCUGCAAAUUCGUCAAACGGUAACAUCACCGCACCUACAGCAACGCUGACUACGAAGCAGAGGUCAGUUGCUGGCAAAAAAGUGACAGUGAAGGUAUUGCAGCCAACCUCGCCGGUGAUAGUGCAAAGCCAAAGAGUGCUAAAAACUUAUAGCGGUCCUAAGACAAAACGUCUCCGAUUCAAACUAUAA